GCUGUAUUUACUACCAAAUGCAGGAAGGGGAUACAAAGCUUGGUGUUAGAUAGAUCGGAGACGCUCCGGGUGACUGGAGCAGCCAUAAUCAUGCAGCCAAAUGGUUGGAGGGCGCUUGAUCAAUUAGGAGUCGCCUCGAAGCUCCGGAAAACAGCCAAUGCCAUUGAAUCCGGCCGCUUCGUAGCCAUCACGGAUGGGAAGCAAAAACCUAUCCCCCUUGGAGGAGAAGUACGGUGCUUGAGAAGAAUGGAUCUCAUCAAUGUAUUGGCUGAGGACUUGCCAUCGAACACUAUAAGAUUCGGAUGUCGUGUAGUCUCUGUUGAACUGGAUCCAAUUUCAUCAUGUCCUCUCCUUCAUCUCGAUGAUGGUGGUACCAUCAAGGCCAAGAUUGUAAUUGGAUGCAAAGGUGUGCACUCUGUUGUUGCGAGUAUUGUCGGAUUGAAAAAAACCGGGCUUUACUCAAUAUAUGUAACAAGAAGGUUCACUAGGUAUGAAAAUGGUCAUGGACGUGAAAACGAGUUCGUUUUCAUGAGCAAAGAUGGACUUCACCUGGGGUGGCUUCCCGUGGAUGAUCACUUGGUUUACUGGUUCGUGAUUCGGAAGUGGACUUCUCCAGAAUCCAGGGUAACGCUUGCAAAAGAUCCAAUGCUCCUCAAAAGUUUGAUCGUGAAAGCAAUGAAUGAUUUCCCAAUUGAAGCAAUACAAAUGGUGUCAGACAGCGACCUAUCUACAGUCCAAUACACGGACAUACGGUAUCGUCCGCUGUGGGAGAUAUUGAGAAGAAGCUUUUGGAAAGGCGCCAUCGUGGUGGCCGGGGAUGCCAUGCACGCAAUGGCCCCAUUUCUCACGCAAGGCGGUGCUGCCUCGUUGGAGGACGCGGUUGUGCUUGCUCGGUGCUUGGCUGAGAAGAUUAAGCUAUCCGGCGACGACGAUCGUGGUCUGAGAGAGACAUCGUUAUCAUUUGAGAAGUCCGCGGUUGAGGAAGCAUUUAAACAGUAUAGUAAGGAGCGUAGGGCAAGAGUGUUUUGGCUGACCAUGGAGACUUUCUUUAUUGGGUCGAUCUUAGGUAGUUCCUCAGGGAUCAUCAAGCUUGUGAUAGUGUUGUUCAUGAUCAUUCACUUCUCAGAUAAAAUUGGCCACACUCGUUACGAUUGCGGCCGUCUCUGA